AUGUAUCAGAAGCUGCCUCAUGCGGUAAACAUGUGGUUGUGGACCAUUUCAUGGACGCUUGUUGCACAUCAUGUCCUUGCCUCGCCUGGUGACGGGUAUCAUACAUGGGAUAGCUGGAGGAGCCGACCGGACUGUGUAUCCCCUUCUACAGUUCCAUUACCACCUAAUUCGGUCACCACCACUACUACACCUACCACGACCACUAUGCCACCGACGACAUCUGGGACUUCUACUAAUCCUAUCAUAACCACCACCACUACUACCCCUACCAGCACUACUACCACUACUACACCCACCACCACUACUACAACUACUACCACUAAUACACCUACGACCACUACUACACCUACGACUACUACUACACCUACGACCACUACUACACCUACGACUACUACUACACCCACCCCCACUAUACCUACUACCACCACCACUACUACACCCACCACUAUACCUACUACCACCACCACUACUACACCCACCACCACUACUACAUCCACCACCACUACACCUACUACCACCACCACUACUACACCUACCACCACUACUACACCUACCACCACUACUACACCUACCACCACUACUACACCUACCACCACUACUACACCUACCACCACUACUACAACUACCACCACUACUACCCCUACCAGCACUACUACGACUGCCACCACUACUACGCUUACCAGCACUACUACCACUACUACACCCACCACCACUACUACACCUACCACCACUACUACCACAACUAUACCACCAACGACAUCUGCGACCUCUACUUCUACCACACCAACCACCACCACCAUGCGUACUACUACAACCACCAUGACUAUGCCACCGACGACAUCUGCGACUUCUAGCACAAGUACGUCGAGCUCAAGUAUCCCUCCACCGUGCGACACCUGUUUGCCCUACCCUGGCCAAGAUUUCUGCGCCGAGGGGACCUCUUGCAACACCUUCGGUGUUGGAAAUAAUAUAUUCCUUUGCGUUUGUAUACCGGGCACAAAGAACUCGAAGUAUUCUUUCAGAAUAGAAAACCCAGCUGCACAGUUUCAGUACGAGGUUUUUGUACCUCAGAAUGUACCGUGCGACGAGCCUUGCACGGAUAAUUCCUAUCCCGCAGAUCUUUGCCAGGAAGUACCAAUCCUCUCAGAUCAGUGCAGUCUUCCAACGCCAAGCAGUUAA